AUGGCCGAUCAAUUCAAAUCUCGCACGCUAAAGCGCAAAAAUGUCAAGGGCCUCGCACUGAAUUCGACCCCGAAGCCCUCCUCCAAGCCGUCCGAUGGCAAUGCUCAAGCUCCUAGUGCUGCCGGGAACAGUGAAAGUAAUCGCACCGAUACUCUGGAAAUUGGGUUGGAGUUUCGAUUGGAUCUUCGCAGUGAGGAUUUGGUCACUUUGAAGGAGUUGGGUGCUGGAAAUGGCGGUACUGUUUCAAAGGUCAUGCAUGCCUCUACGAAGGUUGUAAUGGCUCGAAAGAUCAUCCGUGUCGACGCCAAAGAGAAUGUGAGAAAGCAGAUCUUACGAGAGCUCCAGGUUGGCCAUGAUUGCAACUCCCCGCACAUCGUGACCUUUUAUGGUGCCUUCCAGAACGAGGCAAGAGACAUUGUGUUGUGUAUGGAGUACAUGGAUUGCGGCUCUCUUGAUCGCAUUUCCAAAGAUUUUGGACCUGUUCGCGUUGAUGUGUUGGGCAAAAUCACCGAGUCGGUUCUGGCAGGCUUGGUGUAUCUCUAUGAGGCCCAUCGUAUUAUGCACCGAGAUAUCAAGCCCUCCAAUAUCCUUGUCAACUCGCGCGGAAACAUCAAACUUUGUGAUUUUGGAGUCGCGACCGAAACAGUCAACUCGAUCGCCGAUACAUUCGUCGGGACUUCAACCUACAUGGCUCCCGAGCGAAUUCAGGGUGGUGCCUAUACCGUUCGCUCGGACGUUUGGAGUGUUGGUUUGACAGUCAUGGAAUUGGCUGUCGGUCGGUUCCCCUUUGAUACCUCAGACUCCUCAGCCGGAGACCGGGCUAGUGCUGGCCCGAUGGGCAUCCUCGAUCUGCUGCAACAAAUUGUCCAUGAGCCCGCGCCCAAGCUUCCAAAGAGUGAUGCAUUCCCACCCGUUUUGCACGAAUUUGUCGCGAAAUGUCUCCUGAAGAAACCCGAAGAACGACCAACCCCUCGAGACUUAUAUGAGAAAGAUGCAUUCCUACAAGCGGCUAAGCGGACUCCCGUUGACCUUCAGGAGUGGGCCAUCAGUAUGAUGGAACGGCACAACCGCAAGUCGUAUCUGGCUCCUCCGGCGCCCAAAUCCCUCAAGGAAGAUACCUCAUCCCCCCUCCCGAAACCUGCAGCAGCCAGCCAGCCCACCACCCACACACCACAUUAUCCUCCUUCGUCCGGCGAGAUUCCUCUUAACAUGAGCCAGGAUGUCUCCUCGCACCAACGCUAUCAACAUGUCCCCUCGAAUCCAUCCCCUCAUAAUGCGCGGUCGACACGGUCCCCACCACCUGUCUCGUUGGAACAUCUUUCCCUGGAAUCGAAGGAUGAUGAAUUCCGCCCCACCCGUCGUCCCUCCCGAACCCCCCUUGGCGAUUCCAGCUCCAGCCUGGACCCAUCGUUGCGCCCAUCGCUGGCAUCCCGCUCAGCUAGCUCACAUAACACCAGGUCCCGGAUGCCUCUGCAGAACACAGCCCUUCCUUUCCGCGCGGCUCCGCCACCGGGCAGUACACCGUCCCCGAAUCCAGGAUCAUGGCAGCGUCAGCCGAAUUCCAUACGUGGUGACCAUAUGACAAGCACCGCUUAA